AUGGUAGAGGAUAGAGGCAGCAAAGGAAGUAGUGAUCCUCGUUUUGCAGGAAUUCAAAAUGAUCCUAAAUUCAGAAACUUCAAGAAGAAAGGUUUGAAGGUGAAAUUAGAUGAUAGAUUCAGUAAAAAGGAUUUGGAUGUUAGACGUAAGGCUAAAGUUGAUAAGUACGGUAGGAGAAUUACUGGAGAAAGCAAGGAUUUGAAGGAUUUCGAUAAAUAUUUCGAGAAGGAAGGUAAAGAAGGCAAAGAAGAUGAAAGUAGUAGCAGUAGUGAAGACGAAGAAGAAGAAACCGAGUCUAAAGUAGUGGAUAGAGCUAGGGGUGAAUUGCCAGAAGCAUAUACCUCAUCAGAAUCUGAGGACUCUGAAUCAGAUUUGAGUGAAGAGGAAAGCGAAGCAGAUGUAGCUGAAGCAGUGGAAGAAGCUAAGCCAGAAUCUGGUGAUCCCUCAAAAACUUUAGCAGUGGUAAAUUUAGACUGGGAUCAUGUAAGAGCGGCGGAUUUGAUGAUUACUUUUUCCAGUUUUUUACCUUCUGGAGGUAAGAUUGAAAAGAUUUGUAUUUAUCCAAGUGAAUUUGGUAAGGAGAGAAUGCAAAGAGAAGAAAAAGAAGGUCCUCCAAGAGAAAUAUUUAAUAAGAAGAAGAAGCACCAUGAUGAAGAUAGUGACUCAGAUGUGGAUAUUCGUGAUCUUUAUGAAGAAGGUGAUGCCGAUAAAGAAGUGGACAAUGCCGCCUUGCGCCAGUACCAAUUAGAAAGACUGCGUUACUACUAUGCCAUUGUCUAUUGCAACAAUGUAGAGACAGGAGAAUCUAUCUAUUCUAAUUGUGAUGGUACAGAAUAUGAAUCUACCGCGAAUAUAUUUGAUUUGAGAUACGUUCCCGAGGGUAUGGAGUUUGAUGAUGAACCUAAAGAUGAAUGUAAGGAAUUACCUAAGAAUUACAAGCCAUUGGAGUUUAGUACUGAUGCUCUACAGCAUUCGAAUGUGAAAUUGACUUGGGAUGAAACUCCUACUGAUAGAUUGGAAGUCUCAAAGAGGGCAUUUUCCCAAAAAGAAUUAGAGGAUAUGGAUUUCCAAGCUUAUUUAGCAUCAGGUACAGAUGAAUCUGAUGGGGAAGAAAAUAAUAAUGAAGAAGCUAAGAACAAACUUAAGUCAUUGGUGGGACAAUCUUUGGCUUAUGGUAAACAGCAAGAGGAAGAACCAGACAUGGAAAUUACUUUUACACCAGGUCUUGAUGAUUCUAAGCCACAAGCAGAUGAAGACCAUGAGGAGACUACUAUAGAGAAGGUUAAGCGUAAAGAACAAGAACGUCGUAAGGCUCGUAAGCAAAGGUUGAAGGAAUUGAAGCAACAAGCUGAGCAAGAGAAGAAGGAGAAAUUACGCUCUGGUAAGAACAAGAAGCAAGUGGAAGAUGAAUCAGAUGCUAAAUCCAAGGCAGAAUUAGAACUAUUGAUGAUGGAAGACGAGGAUGAUACCGAGAAAUCUUUGAACAAAAAGGCACACUUCAACAUGAAUGAGAUUCUCAAAUCUGAAAAGGAAAAAAAGAAGAAGGGCAAGUACCAAGAUAAGGGUAAAAUUAUGGAAGAUGAAUUCAAGCCUGAUCUAAACGAUCCUAGAUUCAACGAAGUGUUUGAGAAUCAAGAUUUCGCCAUUGAUCCUAGUCAACCGGAGUAUAAGAGCACUAAGGCUAUGAAGGAAAUUUUGGAGGAACGUUCCAAACGUGCUCAUAAGAAGAGGAAGCCAUUGGCUGACGAUGGUGAUAGUAAGGAUAACAAGCAUGACAUUUCAAAUAUUGUGAAUAAAUUGAAAAAAAAGGGAAAUAACAAGAAGGCCAAACGUUAA